UGCAACUCGCAACAAAAAAAUAAAGGCUUUUCUUUUGCUUUAAAAUAGAAAAUUCGCCUGUAAAAGCGCAGUUCCGCGGCCAGAAAUAUGAACUGUCGACGCCCCGAAGUGCCGUGCAACCAGAGUGCUUGAACUUGGGCCAAAUGCCUCGCGAUUUCAGUGCCUAUUGUGCGGUUUAGCCAGUGUAGUAUACAGCCCACGAACAUUUUCACCCGUUCUCGGGACGCAUGAAAAAUGGCGGCGUCCUCAGCUGCUGCUGCUGCGGCUGCGGCUGCGGCGACCACCAAUCCACAACCGACUCCCGUUCCGGCGGAGGCGAUAUCGGAGGAGUGCAAGGACGACGACGUGCUCACCUCCACGCUGCACACGUGCGCCAACGAUCCCGACUUCGCCGUGAUCUGCGCCUUCCUGCAGAAGUUCGCCAAGGACUUGGGCCUCAACUUGCCGAACUUCAAGCAUUUGCAGGAGUGGCUGACAAACAACAACGAAGUUCCCGAACUGAGGGACCUGCACAUAAAGCUGCUGCGGAAAACCCGCAAGACGGUCCACGAGAAGAGCUGGGAGUCGGCCCUCAGCAAGUUCUGCUUCGGUUACUCGGUGCAAGAUGCCUGGGAAAUCGAGCGAUUCGGCUAUAAGAACUCCAGCUUAAAAGUCAAGCUACGAAUAUUUCGGGAACUCCUCGAAAGCCAGUUCGAGCGCAAUGUAAAAUUUCGGAGCCACGUCCUUACUUUGAAUGCGAACACCUUGCGCUCGGAGCCGAUUGGGCGGGAUCGGUUGGGCCACGCCUACUGGCUGACCCAGGACGCAGACUGCAACCUGCGAGUCUAUCAGGAGCAUCUGGACGAGGAGAUCUGGCAGGUGGUGGCAACGAACCGGGAGGAGUUUGUCAAUCUCAUUGCCCGGCUGCGGGGCAACGAGGUGGUGCUGCCCUCGAAAGACAUUGGCGAGGCCGACGAGGACACCAGCAGCAGCAACAGUUGUCCCGCCAAGCCACCGCCUCCAGAGGAAAGAGAAGAAGAGGAUGAGGAGGAAGAGGAAGAGGGAGACAAGGAGGAGCCUGUGAAAACGGUGCCCAAUCUGAAGAUUAAACUCCGCUCUCCCGAGCAAGAGGAGCCAAAGUCCAAAAGGGUUAAGCCACUGGUCAUCAGCCAGACCAAGCUUGGUGACAAUGCUUCACCGGCCCCAGCCAAGAAGCGUUCCAUCGAAGACGUGGACAGUAGCCCCACAGCUUCCCAGGAGGAGCAGCAGAAGAAGCACAGGCCCACACUACUGGACACCAAGCGCAUUAAAAAGCCGAGUCGCUACGAGAGCACCAAGGACGAAAACGAAGGAGAGUCCGGAGAAGAGGAUGAUGGGGAGGAGGAGGAUGAAGAGGAGGACGAUUCUGAGCUGGACGAGGGCGAGGAGGAGGAGGACAUCGACAGUGCGGCGGCGGAUAUCGAAGAAGAUGACGACGAGGAUGAAGUGGGUGAGCCCAUAGAGGAUCCAACGAUAGAGGUGCGAGGCGAAGGAUCUGGACGCGACAAUGAGGCCAUACCUCAAAAUUUUUUGAGCGACUAUGUGGGCAGCUUCGACUACGAGGACGACCUGGAGCUCAGUGAAGCCAUUGCCGAUCCGGUGCUCAGUAUUAUGGGCGAAGGUUGGGGAGCCGACUGUCUUGUGGGGAAUGGCAAAAACGAAGCUGCCGCGGAGGAGACGACUGCAGAGUCAUCGGAGCCAAAGGCCACUUUCUUCUUUGGCGAGCCUGGAUGCCUCAAGCUGAGUCCCAUGAAACAAACACCCAAGUCGGACACGAAGCGCAGCAUAUUCGACAGAUUGAGCGAGGAGAAAACGAACGGAGACACCGAAAAGUGUAGGGAGAGCACCCCGCCACGAAAUGGCAGCGAACUCAAGGAUACUCCAGCAGCUGCUGAUGAAGCUGCAGUAUCUGCAUCUGCAACCGAAGAGACUAACAUAAGCCAAGAAGCUGACAAAAAUACAAUCUCACAAGAACAAAGCAAAGACGAAGAAUUCGAGCCAGUGGCUGAACGGGAAGUGCAGGAAUUUAAAAUUAACGUGAUCGAAACGAAUGAAAAAAUCUCCAAAGGACAGGAAAAAACAAAAGCAGUAGAAGAUGAAGAGAAAAAGGUAGUCCACCACUUAGAUGAAGGUGAACCAUCCUUAUUUAAGAACAAGGACCUGUGUGAAGUUGUAGAAAAGGAUGAAAAUGACAAGGAACGUUUGAAAGAAACGAUCACCAAGGAAAAUGGUCCUGCUAAAUUAGAAAAUGAGGUGUCACAUAAGGAUACAAAUUUAAUACCUGAUGAGAAGAAUAAGACAGUUAGUGCAUGCAAUGACAAAGUUUCGAGAGAAGCUACACCUGAAGAUACACCUACACCUAAUCAAAAUGAAACGAGAACAAAAACUGAACCGGAAGCGGAACCAAGCACUAAGGAAUCAACGUCAGGCCCAUCCACAAGCGAGGUGGAAAUUCAAUCUGCUCAAGGCACUGAUAGUUCAAACUCUUCAAUCGAUGAAAAAGGUCUUUUAAACGAAGAGGGUAAAAAAGGCUUAGACAAAGUGCCAGAAACGCCUCCGUCUGACAACAAACCCUCCGGUUUGUCUAAAGAUCGGCUAGAACCUAAUAGAGAAGCAAUCACAGUCUGUAAAGAGACCAUUAACGUUAAUAACUCCUCUCCCGCAGAAGAUAUGUUGAGGGAAAAAGUACAAACCGAAGUGCAAAGUACUUCUAAAAACACAAAAUCCGAAGAAAUCGAAAAGCCGAGUGAAGAUGAUGUGAAGAACAAGCCAGUUGCAGAAUCACACCUAGCCAGGGAGAAAGUUUCAGUACCUAAACCUUUUGCAUUAUUGAAUCGGAAGAGACGUCUCAAUGACACUCAGCCCGCCCUCAGGAACUCCACAUCCGAAAGCGAAGUGCAGGAGGAGGAGCCGCAGGAUGAUGAUCCUACCGCAGAUGAUCUAGAUGUGGGUGGCAAGCGCAUUAAAAUGCGACCGAAGACCACCAACGUGGAGGCGAGACGUAAGGUAGAAGCCCAAAAGACGCAGAUUGAGGAAACGACAUCAUCCAGCGGAGAGGAGGAUGCGCGUAGCCGGCGCAAGAUUAUAGUUCCUCAGACCAAGCAAAAACCCACUCUGGAGGAAAUUAUCGAAAAGAAGCUGAAGAAAACGGCAGAGAGGGACAUUUCCGAGAGGGACGAAAAGGAGAAAACGCCUGAGCAGAUCCCCGAGAAGACUCUUCAACCGCCACAACCAGUAAGGGAAGCUACUCCCCCUACCAGUUCCUUCAGUCCGCCCAAGAAGUCUCCGGUUACCAAGCCACUAAAGAAAAAUCUCCUAACUCAACUGCGGCAGGAGGAGAGCGAGGAGGAGGCCAUCCCCAGAAAACGGACGAACAGUGAGACCAUCGUGCCUGCCAUUCCCGCUGUUCCCAAUGCUACGCUCGGUCACCCGGAGGAACGCCAGCGCAAACGUCGCAGCAGCGAAGAUGCCAAGGAGUCUUUCUCCAAGGAAUCCUCUCCUAGCGAACCACCUCCCUCCGCCGUCAGCGAGAAGCUAAAGCGCAACAACGAGCAGGACAUCGAGGAGGAGUUUGAGGAUCCACUUGCGUCGCCAAUCAAAGACUCUCCGCCUCCUGUUAAAGAGCAAUCUCCCCAACCCGAGGGAUCUUCUCGUCGUUCUGGCCGCCGAGGUGGUGCUGCUGUCGUUCACUCCGAACUACCUCAGCCGAAAAGGACGCGAGGUGGCGUCAGGGAUAAAACCCAGUCAGAGGUCAAAGCGGAGGUGAAGCAGGAGUCCGAAGAUGGGGAUGAAGAAACUACUGAUGUGCCAGCCAAACGAAAAUCGCAGAUCAAGGAGGAUCCAGUCAAGGAAAAGACUCCAGAGAAGGAAGACGUCAAGGAGGAACCCAAAGAGGAGCCCAAAGAGAAGCCAAAGGUGGGCCGUGGACGUGGUCCGCGAAAGAAGCGUGAGGUGGACACCACAAAUAUCAUCGAGGCCAACGACUCGGAGACUCCAGUCCGUCAAUCUCGGCGUAUUGCCCAGCAGAAAAUCAAAGAGGAGGCAGAGCGGCGGAAGCAAGAGGAGGUGGCCCUACGCAGCAUGAAGCAGGAGCUUAAGAAAAAGAAGAAGGCCGAGAAGGAGGCAGAUCCCACAGUGCUGGAGCCCUCGGGCGAGGAAACCGAAUCGGAGGCCAGCGAGGCGGAAGAGGAGGCCCGCAGUAAAAAGAAGAAAAAGUGUCCCGGCAAAGAUGGCGCCUGGUCCUCCGAUUCGGAGGAGCAGCCGGAGAGUGAGGAGGAAGAGGAGGAGCCUCCGCACUAUGAAACGGAUCCCGGCUCGCCGCUCUUUCGCUCCGACCACGAAUUCUCGCCAGAGUCUGAGCUUGAAGACGAAUCCCAGGCGGUGCCCAUGAAGCGGGCGCGUACAGUAAGGAAGGAGAACGCUGAUGAACAGGAGGAGGAGGAUGCAGAGGAAGCUUGCCAAAAGUGCGGAAAGUCCGACCAUCCCGAGUGGAUUCUACUCUGCGACACACCCGCCUGCAACAAAGGCUACCACUGCUCAUGCCUCUCGCCAGUGCUCUUCUACAUUCCAGAGGGCGACUGGCACUGUCCUCCAUGCCAGCAAGAGCAGCUCAUAACCGCCCUGGAGCGCCAGCUGCUGCAGUUCGACACACUGGUGGCCCAGAAGCAACAGGAAAGGAUCUUGGCCGAAGAGCAGGCUGAGCUAGCUCGGCAGGCGGCCACGCUGGCAGCGAAGGACGAGCACUUGAAGAGGGAGAAGGAUGAGGACGAUGACGAAGAUGAUAAGGAUGAUGAGGUUAUCAGCAAGGCGGACAAGGUGAAGAGGCGUCGCGGCGAUGGACGCAGUAAUAGGCGCGCUGCCAAGCGGGGCACUAGACGCCGCCGCGGAAACGAUUCGGACUCCAGUAAUGGCAAGUCCGGAGGCAGUGGCUCUAGAUCCGGCUCUGGCUCGGGUUCCGGCUCAAGCAGCGACAACAGCAGCAGCUUCUCGGACUCGGACGAUGAACCAAUUUACAAGUUGCGCAAGCGUCGGCAGAUCAACGUGAGCUACCGGCUCAACGAGUACGACGAUCUUAUCAACUCGGCCUUGAAGAAAGAGAUGGACGAGGUGGCAGGAGCAGGGAAUCUGGGUCGCGGCAAGGACAUAUCCACCAUUAUUGAGGCGGACAAGGAAAAGGCACGACGAGACGAUGAUCCGCCCGCCGAGGGAGAGGUGGAUGAGAAGAAAACCGAUGAGAAGGCAGAGGAAAAGGCGAAAUCCAGCGGCAGUAGCCAUUCGUCGUCCGAGGACGAGGUACCCCUCAAGCGCAGCAAUAAGUUCAAACAACCUCCUGCCAAGAAGAAGCCCCGCAAACUAACCACCCUAGAUGUGAGCAGCGAGGAGGAUCACGGCAGCGAUGAGGACUUUAAAACGUCUAGUUAUUCGGACGAGGAUACUUCACAGUCGGGAUCCGGAGACUCCGACUCCAGUUUGGAGGUGUACAGGCGACCUGGUCGAGGGAAAAAACAGAGAAAGGCGGCCCGAAGAGCGGCGCGUGAGAGGCGCAAGGAUCGAAAGUUUGUGGUCGAGGGGAGCGACGAGAGCGAAGAGGAGGAUCAGAGGCGGCGCUCUACAAAGUCCAAGAAAAAGAAGAAGGAGGAUUCGGACUACACGGAAACCGAAACCGAAGAUGACGACGAUAAUGAACUGUCCGAAAACGUGGACAGUGCCGACUUGUGCGACGAUACCACAUCUGAAAGUGAGGAUGGCGCCUGGAAUCCUUCGUCCAAGAAGAAAAAAGCGGCGGCCGCUAAAAAGUCGAGCUCGGCAGCUGGCAUAGCCAGAAAGUCACCCAAGCUGAAGAAGCCAGCCGCCCAGUCGGCGAAGAAGGUCAAGCGACUAGAGUAUUCCGACGACGACAUCAGCGAGAGCGAUCUGGGAGAGGAGGAGGAUGAGGACGAGGAGGAUGGCGAGGGUGCGCCCUUGUCGGGAAAAGGAUCUGGCAAGCAGCCCCGUUCGCAGCCUCUGAAAUCGAGUGCAUCCGCAUCGCAGGCAGGCAAGGGAAAGGGAAAAGGGAAGGCCAAGAAGAAAAAGCCGCCAUCCUCCGAGGAAGAGGAUGGCGCCGCCUCCGACGAUCGCACUCGCACCCGUGGACGCCGGUACGCCUACAUCGAGGAUGACGACGACAGCUCUGAUGGUGGCAUCAAACCCGGCGUUCAUCGGCCCGACACGCCACCCGAGGAGCGUCAGAAGUUCAUCCAGCGACAGGAGGAGAUCAAGCGUAUGCUGGCAGAGAAGAAUGCAGAAGGCGCCAAGCUGGCAGCCACACCUCGUCUCACACCCAUAAAAUCGGGUGCCACUGUGCCGGAGAAGCGCACACCUGGCAAGACAGCUGGCGGGGAUUCACUUUCCACAGUGCCGCUCUCAGUGAUUCGGCAGGCCAAGGUGCUGGACAUCGAUUACCUGCAACGCAAGGGAGAGACCAUUGGCGAUCUGGACGACGUAGACGAGUCGGAGCUGGAUGAUGCUGAGCUGCCCGACGACUUGCCAGAGGACAUGGAAGACGCCAUAGCCCGAAUGGUCGAGGAGGAGGAGCAGUUUAGCGCGGCGGUGGCCGCCCGCGAGUUACCUGGAGCAGAAGAAGUUCUGCGCACUACACCCUCCAAGUCCAAGCAAUCCAGCAAGCCAACGCCCGAGGCGGCGCCAGCUGCGAGUGGCACUCCCGUUCCCAGUGCAUCUGGUUUGCAAGAGCCACACCGAAAGCGUCUUCCUAUGCCCACCAUGCAUCCGCCGCUAUUGCGCCAUCCGUUCCCCGGCCAUGGGCAUCCUUCGGCGUCCCUGCUGCCUCCACACCCACCUCACGGUAUGCAUCCAAUGCUGCAGCGCCAUUUGUCGCAGACUGUUCCCCCACCACAGGCCAUGCAUCUGCUGCAAAACGCCCUUUCCGCUCCACUUGGCCAGCCCCUGGGCUGCGGUAAUUAUCCUACCGGCCCCGGAUCUGCACAACACCUGCCUUUGGUAAUGUCUAUGCCAUCAGCUGCGGCGGCGGCGGCAGCAGCUCAUCUUAUGCAAUCAUCAGCCGCCUCGGCCGCAGUACGUCCACCCGAGACAGCAGCGGGGAAUGCUGCGCCUGAUUCCAAGCCAAGGGGCCGGCGGAAAAAGGUGACACCACUCCGGGAUCAGUUGCAGAAGCAACAAACUGCGGCGGCUGUAACGGCAGCCACAUCCUCAACUCCUCCGGGACCAGUGCCUCCGGAAAAGGCCAAGGGACAGCCACUCUUCAAGCCGCACGAGGAUGCUGCCGCCAGCCCGCCCAAUCCUCAAGCUUCUGUGAUCACACGGAUGCCGGCGCACCUGGCUCCGCCCCAUGGACGAAAUCACGGACCGCCCGGUGGCAUGUAUCCCAGCAGCGCGGAACUGGCUCGAUUCUACAGUCAAGUGGCUAGCCAGCAAACUAGCCCUGGCUCCCGUUCACCCUCAUCGCCGUCUGGACCUCCAAGACAUCUCUUGCGACCGCAGAUGCCGCCUGGUUUGCCUCCAGCCCACGCAGCCCUGCGACCCACCUAUGGACCACCGCCCCCACUGCGGGGAUCGGUGCCACCCACAUCCACUGCAAGCGGCGGAGCGUCCAAUUCAAGACCGCCUUACCUUCACGGAAGCGAGCAUCACGGCGGUCCGCCUGGCCCGUUGGGAGGAGUCUUCGGCUCCGGACCGCCACCAGCGAGGCAUGCGUCGCCUCAUCUGAACCCCUACAGAGCUCCCCCAAUUUAUGGCAAUCCCAACUACUCGCCCCGUAUCGGCGGACCUCCAGGUCCUGGUGGUAUGCGCCCUGGCUCUGUUGACUACGCGGCCGGAGCACGAGGAUAUUCCCCAUAUGGCUACUAUCCGCCGCCCCCACCGCUGACCACACCUUCUGCCCAUGCAGCACCCAGUUCGGUGAUUGUGAGUGCUCCGCCUACGGUGACGCCAACGAAUCACUCGGUGACCACUCUGACGCACGGAAAGGCCCUACCUCCAGCUCCUCCGACACAGUCUGUUGGCCCUCCACCCGCCGCAGCACCUCCACCAGCAUUACCCAGCGAAGCCGGUAGCCACAAGCCAUCAGUGUCCUCUGUGAUAACCAGCAAAAAGCUGACCACGCUGGAGGCGUACCCAAUUAGGAAAUCCCCGAUUGCUGCAGUGGGCGAGGAAUCCACAAGGUCGCCGGCUGCCAUCGCCGAGGAUGACUCGGGAUCGGCCCAUGACACCAGAGCUCCACCAUCCGCAGCGGGAGCACCUGCUGUGGGCGAGUUUAGCGGUUUGGUUAGCUACUUUAGCUCGCAACAGGAUGAUUAUGACACAUAACAAACGCCGACGGGCGCCUAAAAGAAUUUGUAUAUAUCGAUUUCUAGAGUUACUCAUUAUAUACAUAUUAGAAGUAGCAACCCUGGCAAUAAUUUAUCCUUAAAAGCUUUGCGUUUUAUUCAUACUGCAAGAAGAAACCUGACCCAAAUUCUCUAAAAAGUUGUCCAAAGAUACUUUUUAUGCCGCACUUGGCAAUCACUUGAUGUUUUACAAAAUAUUGAAUUUGUACGUUCGUCUGAUUUGUUUUUAUAACCGUAACGGCCCCCUUUUAAUUUAGUUCAGUUUCCUUUUUGUGCUGUUCUGGUUGGCUGACAUCAAACAUCAGCUACUUUUAGUAUUCUAAUGUUAGCUGUAUAUUUUUUGAGUUCUAACAGAAUAAGCGUAAGUUAUUAUGACACAUACCAUUAAUAUUAUAUGCAUAUAAAAGAAACUAAUGAUCAUAAAUAAAUAUAGUCAAUAAAUAUAUACUUAAUGAAAUGCAAAAGCUUGUCUGCGUAGACCUGUACACAAACUAUAGUUGGAGUUAAUUAAAUAAUUAAGCAAUUAAAACGAAAAUGGAGUGCAUAAUUCAAAAAAUAAGCAUACGUAACCAAUACAAUGUAAUGCAAAUGGUAUACUGAAAUCAAAGAUGGACAAGAACCUAAUGUUCAGAUUAAAACUAUAUAUCAUUAGACGCAACCAUUAAAA